UGUUUUGUUGUUUCUCUUUGUUUGUUGGUGUCGGUCAUCCUGAAUUAAUAGGUAGGGCAGAACGGGCAGAUCCCUAUAUUAGGAUGGCCAAUGGCGAGUAUAGACAUGUGUGGCGUAUUGUACUCAGAAACUUUUUCAAUUCAUUAAAACCAAGGCAAAUUAAAGGAAAUAAUAUGGGUAAAGAUUAUAUAGGAAACAUUUAUUAUGAGAUACCUGCAGACCCACAGAGGGGGAAAAGGAAAGCAACACGCUGGUAUGACCCUCCCAAAGGGCUAGAUUUUCAGGAACCUUUACCAUCUGAAUGGGAGUCUUGGCUACGUAUGAGAAGAACAGAACCUCCCACUGCUGAAGAAAUAGCUAAAAAUGUUGCUAUUGCUGAACAGAAGAAGAUUAAUGCAGCUAAGAUUGAAGAAAAACGAUUAGCAGAAGGGGGCGCACUGCCUACACCUGUGGAACGUGGAGCUCAAUCUUUUCCUACAUAUCCAGAGUAUCAUACUGGAGAUCCUUCUAUUAAUCCAAAAAAUAAAUAUAGAUAA